GGAGCGAACAGCCACAUCCAUCACUCGCCGCUGCAAUUCGAGCCAGCAAGGACACUCACAAGACAUUCUCACGUACACUUGCUCUUGCAAUCAACAAUGCCGGCCAUGGUGGCAAAGAAGGCGGAGCGUACGGCGGCGGCGGCGGGGGAGGUGCCGCACUUCCUCGUGGUCACGUACCCGGCGCAGGGCCACAUCAACCCAGCGCGCCACCUCGCGCUGCGCCUGCUCCGGGCCACGCCGGGAGCCCGUGUCACGCUCUCCACCGCCGUCUCUGCUUGCCGCAAGAUGUUCCCAGACGCCGGUGAGGCGGAGGAGCACAUGGACGGCGCGGGAGUCCGGUACGUGCCCUACUCGGACGGCUUCGACGCCGGCUUCGACAACGCGGCGCACGACCACACGGACUACAUGUCACAGCUCAAGAUCGUGGGUCCCCGUACGCUGGACGGCGUGCUCACGCGCCUCCGCGACGCUGGCCGCCCCGUCACGCAGGUGGUGUACACCGUGCUUCUCUCCUGGGUCGCCGGCGUCGCGCGCGCUCACGGCGUGCCCGCCGCGCUGUACUGGAUCCAGCCGGCAACCGUGCUCGCCACGUACUUCCACUUCUUCCGCGGCACCGACGGCUUCGACCAGGCCGUCGCCGCCGCGGCGGAGGACCCGUGGGCGGAGCUACGCCUCCCCGGGUUCCCGGCGCCGCUCCGCUUGCGCGACCUGCCGUCGUUCCUCACCAUCACUUCCGACGAGCACCCCUACGCCUUCGUACUCGCCGCGUUCCGCGAGCUCCUCGGCGCGCUGGACGACGACCGCGAGGAGACCGGGCGGGGCGCCACCGUGCUCGCCAACACGUUCGAGGCCAUGGAGCCCGACGCAGUGGCGACGCUACGCCAGCAUGGCCUCGACAUCGUCCCCGUUGGCCCCGUGCUCUCCUUCCUGGACGCAGCACCGGCAUCGACCAACAGCAACGACCUGUUCAAGCAGGACGGGAAGGGGUACAUAGAGUGGCUGGACGCGCAGGCGACGUCCUCGGUGGUGUACAUCUCCUUCGGGAGCCUGUCGUCCAUGAGCAAGCGGCAGAUCUCGGAGGUGGCGCGCGGCAUGGCGGAGAGCGGCCGCCCGUUCCUCUGGGUGCUGAGGAAGGACAACCGUGGCGAGGUCGACAGCGCCGACCUGUGCGCCGGCGGGGGCAUGGUGGUGGAGUGGUGUGACCAGGGGAAGGUGCUGUCGCACCCGGCGGUGGGGUGCUUCGUGACCCAUUGCGGCUGGAACUCGACGCUGGAGAGCGUGGCGUGUGGGGUGCCGGUUGUCGGAGUACCGCAGUGGACGGACCAGGGCACCAACGCGUGGCUGGUGGAGCGGCAGCUCGGCACCGGGGUCAGGGCCGCCGUCAGCGACAAGGACGGCGUGCUGGAGGCAGAAGAGCUGCGGAGGUGCAUCGGCUUCGCCACGUCGGAGAUGGUGCGCGCCAAGGCCACGAUGUGGAGGGAGAAGGCGCGAGCUGCCGCGGCCGUGGGCGGCUCGUCGGAGAAGAACCUCAGGGCGUUCGUCGCCGGGCAGGUCGCCCCCGCCGGCAACUAGCCAGUCGGCGUACUGCCAUUGACAGCACAUAGCAGGACGACCAAACGUACGACACGACACGAUACGGCGUUCCUGUGCGUCGUUGUCGUAAAUAAUUCUAUUCCGACACUGCAUACAGAUGUUAUUGUGUA